AUGUCAUCUGUUUAGGUCAAAAUUUAAAAUAGGCGGACGUAUAAAACCCCGUAUUUAUGUAGAUAUCUUUUCUUUGUCCUUGUAAAUAUAACUGGAAGACGUGUAAAUCAGAAGAACACUAAAGAGAUCUACAACAAGUAACAUAAUCUUCGUGAAAAAAGUGAUCAAGAUGAGCAAGCUGUGCCGCCAGGUGUCCAUCGAGUCCCCCGGGCCCACGCUGAAGGAGUGCGUGUUCAGCUUCGACGUGCCCGUGCCCGAGGUGCCCAUGUACGGCGCGAGGAUCCGGGUCGCGUACGCCGGCGCCUGCUACAGGGCGAACCGCACCCGUUCCGCGUCCGUGUGUUCGACAUCUUCCGUCUCCUCCAUCGGCAGCCUGUCGGGUGAGAUGGAGAACUUCGGGUUUCACACCUCGACACCUGCACAUAUAGGAUUACGCGACGGGGCCCUUUUCCCUGGCUACGAGGUGGCUGGAGUGGUUGACGCCAUUGGCAAGAAUGCCGACACAGAAGGCAUCAAAGAAGGCGACAGGAUCGUUCUGUACCCGUACGAAGGAGUCCCCCACGGCUACGCGGACUACAUAGUGGUCCCGGACUUCAAGUGCCUGGUGCGCGUGCCGCCCGAGCUGCCGCUGAGCGUGGCCGCCAUGCUGCCCACCGGCGCGCUGCUCGCCAUGAACACCGUCAACACGGGCAGCGACUGCCUGCACAAGAUCCUGGAAGGGCCAGACCACAAGGACAUAGCCACCGUCCUCAUAGUCGGCACCGGCGGCCUCGCGCUCUGGGCCCUGCGCAUAGCCAGCCACUACUUCCGCCAGUCCUGCUGGCACGACCGCGUGCGGAUAUCUGUCGCCACGCUCAAGGAUGAAGGUUUCCUGUACGCCAAGGACAGCGAAGAAAUAAAAGUAGUACAAUGGAACGAAGACCUGUACGAGAAACAGCUGAUAGAGCGUACAACAGACGCCUGCGGCGGCCCCGUGGACCUGGUCAUGAACUUCGGCACCACAUCCCGUUCACUGCACCGCUCCCUGCAGUGCCUAGCGCCGGGCGGCGUGGUCCUAGUAACCGAGGACGUGGGGGAGAAGCUCCUCCCCAAGUUCGCGAAGAAGGCCGAGGAGCUGCACGUGCACGUGGUGGUGGUGCCCAACGGCACGCUGGAGCAGCUGCGGGAGCUGGUGGGGCUCGUCGCCAAGGGGGAGAUCGCCCCUCCCCCCCACUCGGUGUUCCCCGCCGAGGAGGCGCAGGAGGUGGUCCGCAAGCUGUGCAACUCGGAGAUCAAGGGCCGCGCCAUCUUGCGGUUCCACAACGUGGACUAAGUAUAACCCCGAGAUGGCCCUGUUGGCACCAAGUCGGGGUCUGAUGAUGGGAUCUUGGAGAAAUCGAGGGAACUCUUAAAAUGUUAUAGGUACAUGUAUUGUGAAUUUUUUAUUUCUUCCUUAUAAAGGUUUUUGGGAUUUAUGAGGUUAAAAACAGGAACCUUUAUUACAAAUUUUCGUGAGACUAUCCCUUGGUGCCCUGGCAUGCGUACUUGAGUACGAUUUAAUGUAAUUAACGAUUGAUAUGUGUAUGAUGUAAUGUAUUCGAACAAAUGUACCUAAUUAACCCAAUAGGCCUAUGGAAGCAUUUUUUUUUUUGACAUUUUGACUACAGCACAACCCGUCUGCCUGCCAUGCGAAAAUUUGUUACUAUUCUUAACCUCGCUACCAACGUUUUCGUAGCGCUACGCUGGUAGCCGAUCCCUAUGUUUUCCCGCUUUGUAGAGGAAAGCGACUACGAACAGAGAACCCGCCGAGCGGGUUCCCUGUACUCAAUGUGUUAAAGAAAAUAAAUGAAACAGAAAAAUGUUUUAAUAUUAAAAGUACAAAAUUCGGCAUUGCAGCAUAUUUUUAUUUUUUAUUUUAUUGGUAUAUAAGUAAAUAAAUAAAUAAAUAUUAUAGGACAUUAUUACACAAAUUGACUAAGUCCCACAGUAAGCUCAAUAAGGCUUGUGUUGAGGGUACUUAGACAACGAUAUAUAUAAUAUAUCAAUAUUUAUAAAUACUUAAAUACAUAGAAAACACCCAUGACUCAGGAACAAAUAUCCAUGCUCGUCACACGAAUAAAUGCCCUUACCAGGAUUUGAACCCGGGGCCAUCAGCUUCGUAGGCAGGGUCACUACCCACCGGGCCAAACCGGUCGUCAAAAGUAUAUUAGAAGAUUACAAAUGCCCUUCAUGAAGCACACUCAAUUAUAAUGUACUUAAUAUACUAUUUUUAUAUAAGUAAAUCAGAUGUACGAUAAUGAUUACUUAAUUUUAUCGAUGGCUACACAUUUUUAAUUGUAUAUUUGACUAAUAUUACAAUCAGUUUUGUAUUAUUUUAGCGAUCAAUUGUAAUACUACUUUUGUACUUCCUAUAGGACGUACGGUUUUUAAUUUUUUUAUAUUUUAAAAUUUAAUUAAAUAGAUUUUAUUUCGGACAAGAUAUCCAUUUAUUGUCGCAUACUACUACAAAAGAUAUAUUGAUUGAGUAAGAUGUGUAAAAUCUGAGACAAUUUCGUGCUUCGAAUUUGACAGGUAAACGAGAAACUCUGUCAAAAGUUGACGGUUGACAAUUCAGUGACCGCAAAACAUAUGGCGCAGUACAGCGCCAUCUGUUUUGGUUGUCAAAUUAAGGGGCACGUUUUUCUUAGACAUGUAUAUUUUACUAUUAGCUAAAAAGAUGCGAUUAUAGAAAUAUUCGCGAAAUAAAUGAAUGUAAAGUUAAAAAAAAACGGCUCGAGAUAUGUUCAGAUCAUAGAUAAAUAAGUACAUAAGCAUAGAGCGCUCUCUCCAUACAUCAGUUUUCUUCCCAAAACUUAUUUAAGUAGGUACUCGACAUCGCUACUUGACACUAGUUUUUUUUUUUAUACUACGUCGGUGGCAAACAAGCAUACGGCCUGCCUGAUGGUAAGCAGUCUCCGUAGCCUAUGUACACCUGCAACUCCAGAGGAGUUACAUGCGCGUUGCCGACCCUAACCCCACCCCCCUCGUUGAGCUCUGGCAACCUUACUCACCGGCAGGAACACAACACUAUGAGUAGGGUCUACUGUUAUUUGGCUGCGGUUUUCUGUAAGGUGGAGGUACUUCCCCAGUUGGGCUCUGCUCUAGAUCUGGAAUGACAAAUGCAUCUGCAGAUGUCACGAGUGUCACGAGUGACGAAAAGUGUAUUGCUCAACAAUUUACAACUAAUACUACAAGCAGGAGUUGAAAAUAACGUUCCGGUCAGGGCUGCCAGAUCGUAUAAUUCGAUACGAAUUUCGUAUAAUGGGACUGAUUAUCGUAUCUAUUAUGUAUAUAGUCGUUCGGUAUAAUUUUUUUUUUAAAUAUUAUAGGACAUUAUUACACAAAUUGAGUAGUAAGAAACAGUAAGCUCAAUAAGGCUUGUGUUGAGGGUACUUAGACAACGAUAUAUAUAAUAUAUAAAUAUUUGAACACUGACACUGUGUGACAUAGGCUCAUCAGCUAAAUAGCUGCUCGCCUAUAAUUAUAUAAUAAUUAUUAAUAAUUAUUUAAAUACAUAGAAGACACCCAUGACUCAGGAACAAAUAUCCAUGCUCAUCACACGAAUAAAUGCCCUUACCAGGAUUUGAACCCGGGACCAUCAGCUUCGUAGGCAGGGUCACUACCCACUAGGCCAAAUUGGAUACGAAAAAACACGAAUGGUUAGUUCGCAUUUCUAUUUCAGCACGGGAUUAACAGAGACGGAUUGCCAACUUGAUAAUACGAUACGGUAACGGUUUGAGUAGUUUUCUCUUUAGACUUACCAUUUGAUGAGUUUGGUGUUCUAUAUGAUGGGUGUUUGUUAAUAUGUGAGACGUGUUUUACUUUUUUGUGCUGUGUUUCGGCGCUACUACUAUAUACAAGUCGAUUUUUGAGGUAAGAAUUGAAAAAGUCAGCUAAAAUCGAAUUUCGUAUAAUUUUUGACGUUGGACUGUAUAAUCAAAAUGUAUGUACUGGCAGCCCUGGUUCUGGUUAAUCCGGCUAUAAUAUUAGCUGAUAAUUGUUGAGCAUUAGACUUUCCGUUUCGUCGCGACAUCUAGCGUCAAGUAGCAGUACUGAUAAAUCCGCCACUUGAUGUCGAUUAAGAAAAAAAUAAGCGUUGUGGUAAAAAAACUGAUGUAUGGAGUGAGCAAUCUAUGCCUUGUCUAUAUGGUUUGGAGACAUUCAUCCAACGUUCCAUUCACGCUGUUAAAUGGAUGUGAACCUUAUUGCCAAGACACAAGGGCUACGUAUGGUCAGUUAAGGAUUGCGUUUUGGUUAAAAUUAUAGAGAGCGUGCAUGAACUGUAGGAGGCAGCACAGGAGCCGUCAGAUUUUUGGCGCGAGGCGUAAAUGUGAUGUUUUUUGUUCCGAUGUAGCCCACAAGAUGGCAGCACUUACUAUGCACAAGUAAACACGUGACGUGUAAAUGUACAUGUUUAUGGUUCCGAUUCAGGCCACAAGAUGGCAGACCCUCCAACGCGCACGGUCUCUAUUGCACAAUGUUUUUUCAAUCCUUAGACUACGCGGAGUAUUGAACGACAUUCAAUCCGGGACUAGCCACGAAAUCGCAAAUAGAAUUUAAAGUUUACGAGUUCACGAUUUUCGGGUAGCGACUUGGUAAAAGUUGUUCAAUAUAACCAAAAAGAAAUUGAAAUUGAGGUGUAUUGCCAAAGAAAACUUUGUAGCCACAGUAAAUUUACUGCCAUCUUUCGACACACGAUUAAAACUUUUAGAACGCCAUUUGACUGUGGUUGAAUUUAUUGAUCACUUUCACUCUCAGUAUGUCCGAGGGUUGAAAAAGCAUAUGUGAUAUAAAAAUGUUUUAAAAAUUGUAUGUAUGAAAAAAAGUAUUAUAUUGGUGAAAAAAUGUUGCUUUAGUUAAUAAUAUAAUGCGUUUACGUAAAAAUAAAAUAGUUUUAGUACUUACAACGAAUAUAAUAUAACGUAUUUAAUAAUGGUACUAAUAACUUUGUUAUUAGAAAUGCUAAUCAUAUGUGAAUUUCGCGUAAAAAGUAUCCUUUACAGUACAUAUGGUGUUACUUUACCGCACUAGUGCGAAAAUGAGCAUAUUACGUUACUAUGUCGAACAUUUAAAGGACCAUAUGUACUGUAAAAGUGCGAAUAGGUAAUUCGCAACUCGUUUCGAUUUUCCUAUUUUUCGCACUUGUAUCGUAAUGUAUUAUUACAGUACAUAUGGUGUUACUUUACCGCACUAGUGCGACAAUUAGCACAUUACGUGACGUCGAAAAUUUAAAGGGCCAUAUGUACUGUAAAACGUCCGAUACAUGUGCGAAUUUCUUAUUUCGCACUUGUAUCGUAACAUACUAUUACAGUACAUAUGGGGCUACUUUAUAGCACUAGUGCGAGAAGUAGCAUAUUACGUUACUGUGUCGAACAUUUAAAGGGCCAUAUGUACUGUAAAACGUUGUACGAUACAUGUGCGAAUAGGUAAUUCGCAACUCGUGUCGAUUUAAAACACUCCCUUCGGUCGUGUUUUAAUUUAUCGCCACUCGUUUCGAAUUUCCUAUUUUUCGCACUUGUAUCGUAAUGUACUAUUAUGAAUCGUAGUAUUGCUUAUGGUAUGGAUAAUAUUAUUGUGUGCUGAAUAUAUUUUAUUUUACUUAUUAUUUUUUUAAACUGUGUUCGGUUUCUAGUUGGUCGUUGAACAGAUAAGUAGUAAUAGUAAACACUUUAUUGCACAAACAAGUACAUAACACAGAGAGAAUACAGUAAAUGUGUACAAAAGCGAACUUAUCCCCUUAAGGGAUCUCUUCCAGCUAACGUUUAACUAACGCAACUGAGAGAGAUACAUACGAAAUGGUAGUCAAACUAAGAAAAUAUGUACAUGACGGCAAGACUUUAAAGAAGUAGCUAACUAUAGGAACAUAACUAAAUACUACACGAUGCAUUCUUGCAUUCGAUGCAAAGACAUGUAUACAAAAUAACUACAUAACCAUAAACAUAUUAAUACGUACUUGACGGCGCAUCGACUAAAAAGAUAACUUAAGAGCGUGUUAGACGUAAAAUUGUAAAGAAGGCGAUAGACGUUUCAGCAUGUUCGAUUGUGUUGGACGUACUUGUAUUUGACAGAUCGGUCGGGUCGUCUUACACGCUCUGACGUAAUGCAGAACACUGGUACAAUUCGGACCGGACGCAACGGCCGUGAUAUCUGACAGUUUAAUAGGCCUGGCAACACAGGGCUGGGUGUCAUGGCGGUUGUCAGUUUUUAUAGGCCUGGCAAUACUACGUGGGUGUCAUGGCGGUGGAAAAGUGGGCAAAAAGGACAGCUCGAGUAGAAUCGUUUUGAAUCUGGUCACAGUACCACGUGUUCUGCAGAACGUCAUGUGAAAUUGAUGAUUUAAAGUAUAGUGGUUAAAUUGAAGACUGUAUUUAGUGAUUUGGAUGUGUAAUUAAAAUUGUGAAUCAUU